AUGUCGUCCUACAGCCAGGAUGUCCUCAGGCCCAACGCUGCCCCCACGGCUCCCCCUCGACGCUCGCCCUCGCCCUGGCUCUCUCAUCCCAGCCCUACCUGCGGGCGUCCGGGGGGCGGCAGGAAGUCGGGCAGGGAGGGGGCGCCGGGGAGAUCCGGCCGCGGCGGGGCGCCGGGCCGGUGUGCGGGCGGCCGGGAAGGGCGGGCGGCGAGGCGGUGGGGCGCGGGCCUCCAGGUCUCUCGGCCACCCGGCGGAGGCCGCGGGGGCGGGAAGCGCGGCCGGGCCGGGAUGCGGGGUGGGGGUCGCGCGGCCCGACGCGGCUGCUCGACGUCGGGACCCGCUCCCGGUCCGGGCGUGGUCGCUGAGCCGCGACGGCUGCGGGAGACCCAGCGUUUGCUGGCGGAACCGGUUCCUGGCAUUAAAGCAGAACCAGAUGAGAGCAACGCCCGUUAUUUUCAUGUGGUCAUUGCUGGCCCCCAGGAUUCCCCCUUCGAGGGAGGGACUUUUAAACUUGAACUAUUCCUUCCAGAAGAAUACCCAAUGGCAGCCCCUAAAGUACGUUUCAUGACCAAAAUCUAUCAUCCUAAUGUAGACAAGUUGGGAAGAAUAUGUUUAGAUAUUUUGAAAGAUAAGUGGUCCCCGGCACUGCAGAUCCGCACAGUCCUGCUCUCGAUCCAGGCUUUGUUAAGUGCUCCCAACCCGGAUGACCCGCUAGCAAAUGACGUUGCAGAGCAAUGGAAGACCAACGAGGCCCAAGCCAUAGAAACAGCUAGAGCAUGGACUAGGCUAUAUGCCAUGAACAAUAUUUAAAUCCAUCUGAUCAUCAAGUGCGCGUCACUUCUCCUGUUCUGCCAAGACUUCUUCCUUUUUUGUUUGCAUUUAAUGGACACAGUCUUAGAAACAUUCAGAAUAAAAGCCCAGACAUCUUCAGUCCUUUGGUGAUUAAAUGCACAUUAGCAAAUCUCUGUCUUGUCCUGAUUCACUGUCGUAAGCAUGAGCAGAGGCUAGCAGUAUCAUCUGGAUUGUCACGAAGUGUGUAAAAGCAGCGGCCUCUGCGUUUGUUCAUUGCCCCAUCAUGGUUUAAGUAUGAAGCACUGUGAAUGAAGGUAGUUGUCAGGGUUAGCUGCAGGGGGGGUGGGCGUUUUUCUUUAUUUUAUUUCUUUGAGGGGGGAGGUAGUUUUAUUUUAAUUUUACGGGCUCCUUUCCCCCUUUUUAUGGUGAUCUAAUUGCAUUGGUUGAAAGCAGCUAACCAGUUCUUUAGAAUAUGCUCUCUAGCCAAGUCUAACUUUAUUUAGACGCUGUAGAUGGACAAGCUUGAUUGUUUGAACCAAAAUGGGAACAUUAAACAAACAUCACAGCCCUGACUAAUGACAUUGUGACUUUGCUGUCAAGUGUAGAUUCCCUCCUUCAAAAAGAGCUUGUGACCAUUUUGUAUGGCUUGUCUGGAGACUUCUGUAAAUCUUAUGUUUUAGUAAAAUAUUUUUUGUUAUUCUGCUUUGCCUUGUACAGUUUAUUUUACUGUGUUUAUUUCAUUUUCCCAAUGUGACAAUCGUAUUUAAACAUUAAAACUCUGGUGGAACAUUCUGUUUUGGUCUUCACCAUCUUACAAAUUAAAUGAAAGAGAUGGAUUUUGCCCGUUUCUUUUUAUUGAUGCAAAUUUAUGUUACGAUAUUAUUGGAUGGAGUGUUUGUAAGCUGGCCCUGUGCGUGCAUAAGGCAUCAGCAUUUGGCUUUUUUUUUUUUUAAUUUCCUGGACAUUUGAAUUAAACAUAUAUUGUCUGGUUGGGUAGAUGGCCACUGGCUUCUGACUGCAGUGUGUGAAAAUCACUGUCCAAGACAGUCAGUCGUAGCAAAGAAAGCGGUUGUGACCAACGUGUAGGACUUUCACAUGUUGGGCCACAUUGUUGCCUCAAACUUGGGUUCUAACCUUUUUCUUGGUUCUUGUCUGGUGUGUUGACCCUCACCUGGGGUUUGCUGAACGAAGCGCUAGUGAGUCUCCUCACCACCUGAUGAGCAGAUCUCCAGCAGUGUCGCAGAAAGGCUUCCUCAGGAGAUCCUCCUGCCCGGGUGCCCUUUCCUGCUUUCACCCCACUAGACUUGGCGAUGGGAGCUCCUGUUAAUCCUGAAUUUGGUAUUCAGGAUUGUUUUCUUCUCUCACAGUUUCUCCCCUCACAAAACUGCUCCCUACUGCCUCUAUCUCUAGUUCCUGACCCUUGUUAUUUUAAGUCGUAAAUGUAGCGGGUCCUAACUAUGUAAAUGUUGACCUUCGGUGGAACCUCGUCUCUUGCAGUUUAAGGUAAUGGAUAUUGUAGCCCAUCUGAAUUUUCCUCACUCUUAUUCUCAUAAUUCUGGAGUUUCUUCAGAAUGUGGUGUAUUUUAUUGUGCUCCUAUGUAAGAUGAAGAAUUCUCUAUUAAAAUUACAUUUUCAACAUA